GAAUGUGUUGACAGUGCGGGAGGCGACGGCUCCUCUCGGCUUUUAGCCUUUUUCCUCUCAAACUGGAGGCGUAGCGGCCUGAACGCGUCUCUAGAUCACCUCAGGCAGGAUGGAGGCCUGCAUGGUGAAACCUGAGGCCAAGAAGAAGCCCAAACCCAGGCCGAGGACGGCGCCGCCGAAGCCUCCAGAGAUUGGACGAUACGAGGCGGAGAGACCUGAGAAACCAGCUCCAGCGCCGCCGCCGCGGCCGACAGACGCCGAGCUGGUUCACACACAGUACAGAGUGAAACAACUGGCCGCCGUCUUCGAUGAGCAAGCAAAUGGAAACGUGAAGCUGCCUGCAACUCCAGUGAUUCCUCCCAGGCCCACCGAAAAGGAAAUGAGCUCAACCACUGUCUCCAGGCAGCUCAGGAGGGCCGAGGUCGAGGGCACACAGAAAUCGGCUCAAGCAGAGGAUCCCCGAGACGAAGCAGACCUCAAAUCGAGUAAUCAGCGAGGAGUGGCUGGGAUGUUUCAGCGGAGCCAAAAAGGGAAAGUUCCUACGUUCACAAACUACCUGAGUCCGAACGCCGACGAGGGGAGUCCAGACCAGGUCCAAGUCAAACAGGCUGCCGGCAGCAAACCGGGCGGUCUGAAGGGAGUGAUGAAGGGGUUACACUUCAAGUCCGCCCCGAAGCCCGGCAGAGACCCGAGUCCUGACCCGCGGACGGAGGAAGCAGGUCCAGAAAAGGAACAAUCUGCAGAGAAGAACCUGCCUGAAAACAAUGCAGAACCCAAACAGGAAAAAGGAGGUUUCCUCUCUGGCAUCCUGAAGAAGCCUCACAAGGCAGCAGAUGGAAAGUCUCCUCGGGCGAGCAGAGAUCCGAGUCCUGAAGCCCGUGAAGAAGAAGACGACUCAGGGAAGGAGCAGUCUGCAGACCGACACAAGCCGGAGAGAAACGCAGAGGCCAAACCGGACAAAGGAGGUCUGUUCGCUGGAAUGUUUCGCAAAGCACCCAAAGAUAAAUCCUUGUCUUCGGCGCUGUCGAUCAGCAAAGCAGACGGCGAGAGCGAGGAUUCAGACGAAGACGAGAAAACUGAUCAAACGCACGAAAAAGGAGGUUUCUUCUCCGGCCUGCUUAAAAAAUCGAACAAGCCGGCGGCAGAGGACAUUCCUGCUCAGGAUAAUCUGAGUGUCGCGACUGAACUGUCUGCCAGCAGUGACAGUCUGUCUGAAAGCAGCAAGGAAAAAGGCAAAUUCGGUGGGCUGUUCAAGAAGAAACCAGCAGAAGCUGCUGAGGCUGAUCAGGACGAGCAGUGUGAUGAGCUCUCCGGCAGCAAAGACCGUCUGACUGAAAAUCCGCCGAAGGAAAAAGGCUUUUUCGGCGGAAUGCGACGGAAACCACCCAAGACUCCCGGAGAGGCGACGCCUGCACAGGAUGAGUCGCUGCAGGCUGCGAAGUCGGCCAGCAGCGAGAAUCUCUCUGAGAGCAGCACCAAAGAGAAAGGUGGCGUUUUCAGUGGAAUGUUUAAGAAACCGAAACCAUCCGAGGAGGGCGUGGAGCGGCUACACGGCGAGCUCUCCACCAGCACCGACAGCCUGGAGAACAAGGAGAAAGGCAGGUUGUUCAGUGGACUCCUCCGAAAGACUCCGAAAACAGCGGCAGAGGAGAGUUCUUCUGCUAAAGACGUGUCGGGCAGUACCGACAGUCUGACUGAUGCUCCAAACACAAAGGAGAGAAAGUCUCAGGAGGAUGACGGCGGCGCUGAAGGCCCGACCGACAACAAGGAAAAAGGAGGAUUAUUCAGCGGAAUAUUCAAGAAGCCUCAUAAACCCGCAGAAGCUGCUCAGUCCGAGGAGGACAUGCCUCUUGACUCUGAGCUCUCGGCCAGCACCGAGAAUUUGUCUGAGAACAAACAGGAGAAAGGUGGAGGGCUGUUCAGUGGACUCCUUAAGAAGACUCCCAGAGCGUCCGGAGAGAGGAGCGGCUCGCCGGACGGAGAGAGUCGGAAGGAGCUGUCAGCCAGCAGUGAAGACCUGUCUGAGAAUACCGGCGGCAAAGAGAAAAACAUCUUCACCAACAUGUUCAAGCGGCCGCAGAAACCAGCAGAGGCGGACUCGGAUUUCAACUCUGACGACCGGCUAUCAGGCAGCUCUGAGAAUCUGACCGACACGACCGUCCCCAAGGAGAAAAAAGGGGGGCUGGCGGAAAUGUUCAAGAGAUCAGCCAGCAUUGAGUUUGACCUGUUUGACGAGGAGAACGGCGGCCUGUUCGGUGGACGCCGCAAGAAAACCACCAGAGCGUCAGGAGACGAGGCGGAGGACAGGGACUCUCAGAAGGAGCUUUCAGCAAGCACUGAGAACUUGACUGAAAGCAGCAGCACCAAGGAGAAAAACAUCUUCAGUGGGAUGUUCAAGAAAGCCCAGAAACCAGCAGACGAGGAAUCAGGCGAGGAGAAGAAGCUGUCUGCCAGCAGUGAAAACCUCUCCGAGGGAUCCGCAGCCAAGGAGAAGUCUGGAGGACUGGCAGGGAUUUUCAGAAAGUCUCCCAAACCGGCCAAACGGUCGGCGGCCGUGCAGGAUCCUCUGAGUGACUCGAAGCGCUCGGCCAGUGUGGACAGCCUGAGCGACGCCGGAGAGGAUGAUCCUUUCGCUCACGGCGAAUUAUCAACCAGUAAUGAAAACCUUGACUCUGCAGGCACAAAGGAGAGAAAAGGUGGUUUUGCCGGGAUGUUCAGGAGGACGCCGAAAAACGAGGAGCAGCAGGGGGGUGAGGACACGGCGCCCCUGACAGGAGCAGGACUGAGGCGCAAGCGGACCAUCAAGAAGAAACAGCGGGUCGUUUCUUUCCGAGUCAAGAAAACUCUGCCGAGAAUGCCCAAACUUAACUUGUCGUCGCAGAGUUCAGAAAAGAUGCCCACGGUUGAGGAGACGGUGGAGCUGCAGGAGAUGAACCCAGCGCAGGAGAACACGGUGGAGACGGAGACGGUGGAGAUGGUGGCGUAUCCCACCGAGGAGGCCCGGCUCCAGGCCGAGCAGGAGAACAACGAGCUGAUGGAGUGGUGGAAGUCGGUCAAAGGUUGGACGGAGUGGAGCGAGUCUUCCAACUUUGAGGAGGGGGAUGAGGAAGCGGCGAUGGAGCAGGCGGCCGACCGGGUCUAUAUGGCGGCCCGCUUCUUCGUGUACCUCUUCAACCAGCGGGGGGCGUCGCUGCAGCACCGCAUCCUGGAGCUCCUGGCCCUCGCCGACGCCGCCGACCAGUUCCACAAGAAGACGACGACGGCGGCGGUGGGCGGCGGCGUGGCCAGCGUGGCCGGCAGCGUGACCACCAUCACCGGCCUCAUCCUGGCGCCCUUCACCUUCGGCGCCUCCAUCAUCGUCACGGCGGUGGGCAUCGGCGUGGCGACGGCCGGCAGCAUCGCCUCGGCCACCGCCAACAUCACGGACACGGUGCACUCCAACAUGGACCGCAAGAAGCUGGAGAAGAUGAUCCAGGAGUACCAGGACGAGAUCAAGGACAUCCGCGAGUGCAUGGAGUUCGUGCAGGAAGGCAUGGACACCCUGCAGGAGUGGGACUUCGAGAAGUACUCCCAGAGCGCCGCCAGCAAGGCCAUGAACCACAACAUCAAGCACGUGAUGAAGGAGGGCGGCCGGGCGGGGAAGGCCCUGAUGAUCAACACCGACAAGCUCAUCAGCACCGUGCAGGUGCUGGGCGCCGCCGGCGGCGUGGCCAAGGCCGCCCAGGCCAUCAGCGUCACCACCGGGGUCAUGUCGGCGCUCUUCCUCGCCCUCGACAUCUUCUUCCUCGCCAAGGACUCGCACAAGCUGCGCAAGGGCGCCAAGACCAAGUUCGCCUCCAAGAUCCGGGACGUGUGCAAAGACCUGCAGGACGGCCUGCUGGAGCUCAACAAGGUGAAGACGCAGCUGCAGAAGACCAUGGACGGCAUCGAGGUGGAGGAGUACGAGGAGAUCGAGGAGGUGGAGGUGGAGGUGGAGGACGAGCUGGAGUCCGACCCCAAGAAGCUGGCGGAGCUGGAGCAGGAGCUGGACCUGCUGGAGGAGAAGCUGGACCGGAAGCUGGCCGAGGAGCAGCAGAGGGCCAGGGAGGCGAAGGAGGCGGAGAGUCUGAAGGCCAAGGAGAAGGAGAAGGACGAGCCGGGAGAGAAGACGGACCAGUCCGAGGCCGGCUCCGAGUCCAGAUCAGAGACCGACGAGGAGGAGAAGAAGAAGGCCAAGGAGAAGCCAGCAGGAGAACCGCUUCCGAGAGGAACCAAGAAGGAGAAAGAGGCAGAGAACCGGAUCACAGCCGGAAGACGAGAGAGUCAGCGAGACGCAGACGGGCCCAGACCGGAGCCCAGACCGGAGCCCAGACCGGAGCCCAGACCGGAGCCCAGACCGGAGCCCAGACCGGAGCCCAGACCGGAGCCCAGACCGGAGCCCAGACCAGAGCCCAGACCGGAGCCCAGACCAGAGCCCAGACCAGAGCCCAGCAGCAGAGGAGACGCCAGAGGACACGAGACGAGCGUCAAAGCUUACAGCGAGUGGGACAGAACCGGCAGCGAGAGCCGGAGGAGGAGCAGCAGCAGCAAGGAGGAGGGAGGAGGAGGAGGAGGGGGAGGAGGAGGGGGAGGAGGGGGAGGAGGAGGAGCGAAGCCGGAGUGGAGAUCCGUCAACACCGAGAGAGAGACGGACAGCAGGAGCACGAGGAGGCACAGCAGCCGGAGCGACCGGGAGGAGGAGGGAGGAGGAGGCAGGCACUCCCACCGAGACCGAGACCACGACCGGACGGAGAGCUGGAGGAGGAGAGCGGAGGACCAGAGGCCCGGGUCCAGACGAGGAGAGCACGGCCAGACGGAGGCGCAGCGGACGCACCACGCCUCAGCCUCCACCAGGGGGCAGUCAGACUGGGACCGGGGCGGCAGCGGGCGGGAUGCCACCAGGAGCCACCGGAGCCAGAGGAGAGGCAGCAGGAGAGAGGAGCAGGAGGAGGAGGAGGAGGAGGAGGAGGAGAGGAGGAGGGAGCACGGCGGCAGCCAUCGCAGAGAGCAUCACCACAGCCGGCGAGGAUCCAGACCUCGCUCCAACGCCCUGCUGGAAGACGGGCUCUACAUCUAGCUCCAGCAGGAGCAGCCGGCCUGAAGAGCUGCAGCUUUCAUCAGGAUCACAGCCUGGAUCCUGAUCCUGAUCCUGAUCCUGAUCCUGAUCCUCAUCCCGGAGGGUUUUCAGUACGACUCUACUUAAACACACAUG